CAACACAACAUCCCAUCAGCAUCGCCUCUUUCUCGUCAAACGGUCGAGCACACUACGAACGUCACAUUGAAAGUCUCCACCUGCUGCGCAACCUCCACAACACCCCCUCGACCACUUCUGUAUCAUGUCGACACUUGAGGAUCUCGAUGACUUGGAGCGCGAUGGCAAGAAGGAGGAGAACAACGAUGGCGACAAAGGCAAGAAGCCUGAUGCGAAUGGAGAUUCUGAGAUGAAGGAGUCCAAGGAUGGCGAGAAGGAGGAAGAAGAGGAGCAACUCAUCGACCUGGAGAUUCUCAAUUCGAGCACACGAGACAUCAUCGCCCGCCGCCGAUUACUGGAGAACGACACCCGUAUCAUGCGGAGCGAGUACCAGCGUUUGACACAUGAGAAGCAAACUAUGCACGAGAAGAUCAAGGACAAUGUGGAUAAGAUUGACAACAACAGGCAACUACCAUACCUCGUCGGAAACGUGGUGGAGAUUCUGGACCUGGAUGUUGAGGAGGAGGCAGCGGAGGAAGGCGCCAAUAUCGAUCUGGACGCCACCCGUGUUGGCAAGAGCGCCGUCAUCAAGACCUCCACCCGACAAACGAUCUUCCUCCCACUCAUCGGACUCGUCGACCACGAGAAGCUCAAGCCUGGUGACCUCAUUGGUGUGAACAAAGAUUCGUAUCUCAUCCUCGAUACAUUGCCCGCGGAGUACGACAGCAGAGUCAAGGCAAUGGAGGUGGACGAGAAGCCGACAGAGAAGUACACCGACGUGGGCGGGUUGGACAAACAGAUUGAGGAGCUUGUGGAGGCAGUCGUGUGGCCAAUGAAAGAGGCUGAGCGCUUCAAGAAGAUCGGCAUCAAGGCACCGAAGGGCGCCCUCAUGUACGGACCUCCUGGAACCGGCAAAACCCUCCUGGCGCGUGCCUGCGCUGCGCAAACCGACGCAACCUUUCUCAAACUCGCCGGUCCUCAACUCGUACAAAUGUUCAUCGGAGAUGGAGCAAAGCUCGUUCGAGACUGCUUCGCACUGGCAAAAGAGAAGGCACCAUCCAUCAUCUUCAUCGACGAGCUCGAUGCCGUCGGCACAAAGCGUUUCGACUCGGACAAAUCUGGUGACCGUGAAGUACAGCGCACUAUGCUGGAACUCCUCAACCAGCUCGACGGUUUCGCAUCAGAUGAUCGCGUCAAGGUGCUUGCCGCAACGAACCGUGUCGAUGUGCUCGAUCCCGCGCUGUUGCGAUCUGGUCGUUUGGACAGGAAGAUUGAGUUCCCGCUCCCCAACGAGGAGGCGCGCGCACAGAUCUUGCGCAUUCAUUCACGAAAGAUGACGGUCGAUGAGGGUGUGAACUGGCCCGAGCUGGCGAGAAGUACAGAUGAGUUCGGUGGUGCGCAGCUCAAGGCUGUGUGUGUCGAGGCUGGUAUGAUCGCGUUGAGGAACGGACACAGCAAGAUCAGCCACGAGCACUACGUUGAUGCGAUUGCUGAGGUGCAGGCGAAGAAAAAGGAUACCGUCAACUUCUACGCUUAGAGAGAAUCGCAUUGCAAGCCUGUGGCGGC